GAUUAGUAAAGGAGAGAUAAACUCGAUGCAUUCCGCAUUGUUUUGUCUGGGUUUAGAGGGAGCUCAUUACUUGCGUGUAACGUGUCGCGAAGUGCUGUGCGCGUUCGUAGGAUUACUAUAACUACAGGGGUCUCAAAAUGAUUUCAGCUCAACACAACAAGAUGUCACAUACGGUGACAGUAACUCGGACGACGACGACGACCAGUACGUCGGCGAUCAUCCUCAACACUGGCUACCUCAAGACACUCCCCGGUCUCCUCAAACUCGCCCAAGUGAUCCUGGGCGGAAUCAUCAUCGCGAUUCUGGUAUACUACAAGGACCAGAAAUACACCUUCACCUUCCUCAGUUCAGCUCUCCUAUUCUUCCUAUGCAUAGCGACGACAUUCUUCAUAGCGAGCUUGCUGCUCCUCCUGUCCUGUCUGUGUUCCAUCACGACGGCUUCUAUCAUCGCCAAAACCCUCUACGAAUUCAUUUAUCACGGAGCAGCAUUCUUACUCUACUUGAUUGCGUGUCUCAUGUUCCUAGUUGAGGUCAAUCGAGCCAACUUCGGUGGCGGUUACUACCAACCCUUCCUUGUUGCCUCCAUCUUCGGGCUGAUUCUAACAGCGUUGUAUCUAGUCAGUUCUGUGCUCGCCUACCGAUCAUACCGAGGUGGAUAAGAUGUGCCCACCCUGAGAAGACCGUACACAUCAUCAUUUUCAUCGUCUACUUAUUUAUUUGUUAAUUUAUUUCAUUUGACCUCACCUCAAUGUUUUCAUGUUGUGUGCCCAAGAAAAUCAAUGUAUCCACCAUACACCACCAUCGCUCGCCUCUAAUCGUCGCCGUUUCAUUUUCAUUUUCAUUUACAUUUUCAUUCGUUCCGCAUCGUCCACUCUUACCUGUUGAGCUUAAAUACAUAUUUUUUAAUUUAUUUUUAAAUGACAGCCUGUAAUUGUCUACUUUUAUGUGUAAGCUACCAAUAAACUAUUUUGUAACUAAUU